UCGUAUACAGUGAUAAAAAAACUGUGUAAUUUUCAUGUUGAAGAUGAAAUAAAAGAUAAAUGAACAACAUAUUUUGUUUGUAUUUCAUAAAUAUAGUGGGAAUUAUAAUUACAUGCUUCGGGAUAUAUUGUUGAAUGAGUAGAAUAGGAGUCUUUCCCACCAGAAAUGGAUCAAAGAAUAACUUGCAGUUCAAGCCGAAUUGCAAAAGGAAGAGGCAGAUCAAGAAAUGUUGGUAAUCUUCAUGUAAUAAAUACAAAUUUACCAGCUGCCAUAAAUAAUCCUCCCGAAUAUAUUAGAACUGUUACCAUAACUCACAAAAAGAAUAUUCAAAAUCCUGAACCAUUGGAAGUAAAAAAUAUUGUUGUACAUAAAACACCAAUUGCAACAAGAGUCUUUGCUCUUCAGAAAGGUGCAGCGAUGUCAUUUACAAAGAAAAAAAUUAAUGCAGCAAAAAACUUUUUACAGCAGCAUAAUAAAGAAUCCCCAUUAAAAAAAGCCAUUAACACAAAAGCAAACUUAACAGAUGAUUGUUCAAAAUCAAGUUUAUCAAAUAAUAAUCCAUCUUCUAAUUUAAUAAAUAAUAGUUCAUUGCCUAGCACAUCACAUAAUAAUAAUAAUGCAUCCAACUCACCAAAUGGCAGUGUGACUUCUAAUUCAUCAAAUAAUUUAAAAUCUAAUAAGAAUAAAUCUAUAAGUAUUUCUCAACAGCCACAUAAUAGUUCAGCUUUGUAUGAUGUGAACAUGUCAUUGAAAGCAAAAAAUACUAAUACCACACAACCUACUCCACACAAAGAAAAGAAAGACAUAAUUGUUCAAAAAGAUGAAUCAGGCUCUGCAUGGGUUCCUGUCCAUAUGAGACAAGCUAAUACAACAAGAUAUUUUAAAAAUUAUGAAAAGAAUAAAAUACCUAUUAAAAAUGAUGCACCUUCAAGAAAUAUUGAAAGGAACCAGAACAGGGCUGUAUUUAAUAAGAGUAACUCAAAGGAGAAAAAUAAAAGAGUAAAAGAACUUCAUUUAAAAAUGUGUAGAGAUUCAAAAAAUGAGAGAUCAGUUAUCCAUAGAUAUUCUAGUUCUUCAAGACAUUCUUCAUCUAGGCAGGAAGAGGAAUGGUAUUAUGAGAAAAGGUAUGGGCUUUCUAGAAGAUCUAGGGAUUAUGAGAGAGAACGGCACUAUAAAGAAAGUUAUCCAUAUUAUUUUUCUCGGGAAUCUCGUGAAGCUAGAAAAUCUUUCCGUGAAGAGUUUGAAGCACUUGAAGAUGUUUCUGAUGUUCCUUUAGAAGAAGAUUUUGAAGAAGUUGAAACUGCUUCCUUGGAAGAUCCUAGCAUGUAUAUUGGCUUUCGCAAGUAUAAAAUAAAAUAUUUAACAUCUAAAUGCCUUGGUUUUUUUAAGCCCAAAAGAUAUCAUAUAUCUAACCGCAAACAUUUUAGAUUCACAAAUAAGGAAGAAUCUGUGGAUGUUGUUUCAGAGGCAGAGUAUGAAACAGACCAUAUAGCUGUAGAAAAGGAUUCUAAGAUUACACAAGAUGAUAGAUUAAAAGCUAACAAUGGUAAAAUAGAUGCCACUUCCAAAAGUGCUCAAAAUGAAAUUUUUGAAACUGCGAGUGAAUCUGUGGGGAUAGAAAAUUCUACUGAUGUUCUAAAAGUUACUAAUAAUGAACUUGCAAAAUGUGAAGCAAGUGCGUCUGCAUUGGAUUCAAAUGAAAGCAUGUUAGUUUUGGCUGAUGAUCUCAAUAAUUCAACUAAAAUGGAUACUAGUGAUACUACAAUUAGUAUGCCAUCUAUAAAGAAGAAACAAGAGGUUGUUUCCAAUUCUAAACUUUAUUAUACAUGCAUACCAGAAUCAGAUUCUCCUGAUUUUUACCAAGGCCAUUCCCUAAGUCAGAAACACUUUGAUGAAUGGGAAUCUCAUCUUAUAGGCUUGGAAUAUAUUGUGGAAGUAAGAAAUACGGACAGAACUCAAGCAAUGAAAUAUCAUUGUGGUUUAUGUGUAGAACAACUUAAUGAUGGAAACAUGGAUGGGCAAACAGUAACUAAUCAUAUCUCUAGUUAUAAACAUGCUUCUGCAUACAUGGCAAAACAUUUUCCUUCUUGUGGUUAUAAAUUCUCGAAGGAUGAAAGCAGUUCUAAUGUGCUUCAAAGGUGUUGCAAAGAAAUUAACCACAAACUUUCCUAUUAUUUUUUGUGCGUUACGACAGAUGAUUAUUUUCAGAAAAACGAAAAAGAAAUAAAUGAACUUAAUAAUAAUCUACCGCAUUGGAAUGAAACUGAUAUAAAUAUUGAUAUUUAUGUAAAUGAUAUUGACUCAGGUAUUGAUAAAGAUGUUUCUGAACUUAUGAAAGAUAUUAUUAAUAAAAUAGCACCUGGUGAAGAAAUCGCUACAUUUAUAAGUUCACGAAAGGAAAAUGCCCAAGAAUUGCGCAGGAAAAAAUCUAGAAACUCUAUUUUGGAUAUUCAACUUUUAAAUGAUUCUCCAUCAGUGGAUAAUUCAGUUACAGGUGGACGUAAUCUGAUAGUUUUGACACCUCAACAUGGACCUAUUCCAAAAUGUUCUAAUGAUCUUAGUAGGCCAAAUUUGUUGCAAGUAAUUACACAUGAACAAACUGAUUCUUCAAUUAACAAUUCAAAUACAGUGCUUAAUCAAACAUUAGAGUUAUCUAAUCAGAGCAUCAAAGAUGUGUCUGAAGAAGCUGUAUCCAGUCCCAUUAGAAGAGAUGUAUUAAAUUUUAAAUCUAUUAAUAAAAAAGCUGCUAGUUACAGAAAAUAUAGAGCUAAGCAAGUUAGUGAUAAAACUGAUCUAGGACCAAAGGGAACUGAAAACAAAGAAACUUCAAGUAUGCGUGUUCUGAGAAAAAUAACAAAAAAUACUAGUGAGAUCACUGUUUGCUUGGAAUCAAACAAUGCUGAUGAAAGUGCUGAUAUGAGUGCUUAUGAAGAAGAUGAAGAUGAAAAUGACUUAACUACCGAUGUUGCUGUUGCUUUAAGUGAUGACAGUAGUAUACAAUUGCUAGAAGAUUCGACUGUCGAAAGCAACUUUUCCGAUAGUUUAGGUGUUUCUAAUGUUAUUUCUCCUCAGGAUGAUGAUAGUGGAACAAUUGAAGUUUCUAAAAACAAAUGCAGAGCCAGGCAUCGUAGUCAUCAGAGGACAACAAUGCAUUCAAAGCAUUGCCUUAAAAGAAUUUUAGGUAGAAACUCCAAAUCAGCUAAAGAACCUGCCGUUAAAAAGGAGUUAAGUGGUUUGGGUAGUGUUCAAUUGGAUAAUGAGUCGAAUGAUUUUGAACUGGAGAGAGAAUUUAAAGAUUUAAGUCCAGCUGAUUCCAAAGCUUCUGGUAAUUCUAGAAAAAUAACAAGUCCAUUAAGAACUCGCUACAGUCCAGUAUUCAGUAGUGACCUUUCUCGAAUGUCUGUAAGAAGACGAUCAAGAAGUCCUCCAAGGAGAAGGUCUCGUUCACCUGUCAGAAGGUAUCGAAGUCCUCUUAAGAGAGGUUCUCGUAGUCCUGCUAGAAGAUAUUCUAGAAGCCCUAGACGACAUUCAAGAAGCCCUUUUAGAAGACGUUCUAGAUCUCUUAAGAGACGGUCACGAAGUCCUGCAAGACGCAGUUCAAGGAGUCCUAUCAGAAGACGUUCUAGAAGUCCUGUUAGGAGACGUUCUAGAAGUCCUAUUAGGAGACGAUCAAGAAGCCUGCUUAGAAGACUGUCACGAAGUCCAGUCAGAAGGUGGUCGAGAAGCCCACUUAGAAGAAGAUCACGAAGUCCAAUAAGGCGGCGAUCACGAAGUCCUAUUCGAAGGCGAUCAAGGAGUCCUAUUAUGCGGCGUUCAAGAAGUCCAAGGAUUUAUAUUAGAAGAAAAUCUAGAAGUCCUAUUCGUAGUCGCGGUUCUCGAAAAAUUUCAAUAAGUCCAUCUCGCCGAGUAUAUGCCAAUGAAUCACGUAUUCUAAUGAGUAGGUAUUCAAGUCCUUUAAGGAAGAAAUAUGAAUCGGAGGAUGGUUCUUAUAGAUCAGAAUCAAGAAAUUCACUAUAUGGAGAUUCUAAUAGUAUAUCAGGGUCACAUAAAGAAUUUCUAACUUUUUCUCGUUCUCAUUAUCCACGCCAUCUCCAACAUGAAUCAGAACGUGAUUUAGAUCCCAUAAGUGAUGAAGAUGAACCAGCUUAUUUUAACACAUUAGAAGGGCCGCGGCAUUUGGAAGAAAUUAAGAAACUUCCUGAACCUACUCGUACCAUGGUUAUGCAACUAUUGCAGAAAUUUUCAGCUUUAAAAGUAUCACCGAAAGAUCCUUCAUUUAAUGAACUAAUGAAGUUUGUAAAUUCACAUAAUUCAGAAAUGUCAAAACCUCAUGUUUCAGUGACUCAAGAUGUUGUAACUCAGCCAACUUCAGGUUUGGCUUUUCAACAAUUCUUAUUAUCUAAUCUUGGUGAAACUUCAAGUCAUCAGAAUUUGCCGCCAAAUCAUACGCUAACACAUGCUGCACCUGCUUAUUCUUCAGGUGUCCCUUUUUCACCACCAAGACCAGAUUUACCUCCAAGUUCAUUUUCUCAACCUGUAUUUUCAAAUGUUGAACAUCAUGGCCCUGUGCAUCAUUCAGUACCUCCAUCUGUAUCUCAGGCUCAACCCCCUACCUUUGAUAAUAAUCAGUCGGUACAUGCCCCAUUUCAUUCCCAACAAUAUGAUAGCUUUCCAUCUCAAAAUGAGCCUCCAAGUUUCCAGCCUAAACCACGUGCUGAAGGUAUGUUCAAGGACUUGAAGGAUACUGUAAGUAAACUUUUUGGAGCUAAUGAAGGCAAUUCAAAUGAACAAAUUCAACAUCCACCAUCUCAAGAAUUAAUGGCUGAGCAAAGCCAAAACCAGUGGGGACAAGAUCCUCGAAAUUCAUUUAAUCAGUUUGAAUCUUAUGGUCCCAAAAAUGUAAUCAAGGAUAAUAGGGAUGAUUCUGAUUUUAGAGAUCAUUCGAGAGAGGAUAUGAACCCACACCACGGACCUUACUUUCCUGAAGAACAAAAUCUUCAUAGGUUACAUGUACCUCCUCCAGAUGCAAAAGUUGCAUUUUGUGAUGCACCUUGUAAUCCUAUUAAGAAAAAUCUGUUUCCUGUUGUUAGUAGUCCCAGAGCUCCUGAUAAUGCAAAGGUAUCUCUAGCUCAACGACUUGCAUCUGUAUUGGUAAAAGUUGGCAUGAUGGAUGUUCCAGGUGCUCUUUUGCAAGAAAUGAUGAUGAAAAUUGGAGUUUUUAGCCCAUGUCCACCUCAAGAUAUAAGUGAAGAAAGAAUAUUAGACAUUCUAAGAAGAUUGGGAUAUCUUCAUAGAUAUUGACUUUAUUAUAAUUGUAUUCUACAAAGUUUUUGUAGUGAUUAUUCUGUGGAACUGCACAUCAUAGAUACCUUUUCUUUUAUAUAUAGUAAAAUAAAUAUUUCAGUCUUGAAGACUUUGUUUGUUUACUUAACAAAUUCUUUUUCAGUAAUCUUGUUUAAUAUGUAAAGUGUUUGUUUUGAAGUUGAAUUUUGAGAAAUUAUUGGCAGAACCCAUCAUUUAUUGUUAAACUGAAGAAUCAUUUGCAUAUUGGUCAAUUUGACAUCUAUAAUAUGUCUUUUAAGUACUAGAUUAAUAAAUUUGGGAUUUUUAUUAUUUAUUUUGAUUUUUCCUGUAAAGAGAGCUGCAAUAAGCAAAAUUGCUAAUGCUCAGCUACAAAUAACAUAUUCCUGUUUUUAAAAUAUUUACAGAAUCUGUUAUUGGUAGUAUGGAAUUGUUGCAGGAAUUAUUAUAAGUAAGCAUUGUAUCCUUUUGUAUAUGCUAACUUCAAGUACUAAAAAAUACUAAGACCUGGUUUUUUUUAAAAAUUCUGGGAAAAAAAAACAACUUAUAAAAUUUAGAGGGGGUGGGGGGAGAAAUAUAAUUUUUUUUUCUUGUAUGUAUAUAUAUGUAUAUGUAAAUGCAAACAUUUCCUCUUUGAAACUUUUUCACCAAGUUCAAAAACUGUAUUUGCACUGUUAUUUGUUUAGUUCUUUGUUAGAAGUACUUUAUAAAAGCUAGUAUUAAUAAUUUAUGUUUCUUGUAACUUCAUGCUAAAUGUCUUUCAACUUUAAUGGGUUAAAAGUGUUUUUCCUCUUCAAUAGUACUCAGCUGCUAUCAUAAGUAGUUUGCUCUUCUGUGCAUGUCAAAAUUCUUGGUACUAAUUUUAAGAAUCUUUUAUUUCACUAUCUCUCAUAUCCAAAAUAGCAACCAUAAUUUGUAAUAAUUUGAUAAAAUACUACAAAUUAUCUUUAAUUAGUAUUAUGAUUGGGGAAUUUAAUACGUUGAUUUGCUAUGUAUGAUUUCUUUAAACAUAUUAUGUAAACUGUUCUUUUAACAUGAAAAUCAGAUUUUCAAAAUUUACUUAUAAUAUUAAUGAAGUAAAUUUAAUGAAAAAUCUGAAGAAGUGCUUAGGUAAAUUAAUUCUCUUAUGUUGUAUAAUGAGGUAAAUAAUUGCAUUAUAAUGUAUUAUCUUAUCUAUUUUGAAAUACUUUCUCAUAAAAAAAUUGAGGUAUAUUAUGUUUUAUCAUAAUUUGAAGAUGGGUGAAAAAUAGUGUUUAAAUAUUUCAAUAAUUAUUUGAAUGAGUUUUUGUGCUUUUUAUUUCCCAGUUUACUUAGAAGAGAACAAUGAAGUGCAAAACUGCCCUAUAAUAAUAAAGUGUGAAUUUAUUUAAAAAAAUUGUUGCAAUGUUUCUGCAGUUGUAAUUAUUUUAUUUAUGAAAUAUUCCAUGAUAUCUUGUUCUAUGAAAUUAAUUUAUUUCAUAUUACAAAUAUAGAAUAUUUCUAUGGUGUUCAUGUUUUAAAAUGUUUUUUUUUUUUAAUUGUAUGAAAACCCUAUCAUAAUAAUGAAUUUAACUUCUUUGAGCGCACAUUUUUCUUGAUUAUUUACAAGUUACACAUAUUCUGAUUUUCGGAUACAAAUUUCUGCAAUUUACUCUGAAUCCCUGUUUGAAAUCUAAGUUUUAAGCUUAUUAACAUUAAUUGCUAAUAGAUUAUUUCAUACCACAAUUAUUAUUUGAAUGCAAGAUUGCAAUGACCUUGCAAACUUAAAUUUGAUCAUUUUUUUGAAAUAAAUUGAUUUAACUAGAAUAAACAUUUGUAACGAGUUAAUAUUAAUUCUGAAACUAAUGAUAAAGUCAAAUUUGCAAUAUUGAUGCAGCUUUAAGAUUUUGUUCCUGUAUUUUUGGCAUUUGUUUGAAAUUAAUUAUUUGAAUGAAAUUAUUUUUAGUAUGUUCUAAUUCCCAUGCUUCAACAAAAUCGUAAUCAUUCGCAAUAGAACAACUGAGCUGUUCAGUUCAUUAAGAUUGAAAACGGAGGAAAAAAAAAAUAAUAUUAGAACCUUUUUUUUCCUCUUAAUUUUUGGCAAAAUAAAAUUAGAUAAAUUUGAUCUCUGCAACUAAGCUGUAAUGUUGUCCUUGUUAGGGUAUCAAGGUUUAUAAUUUGAUGAAUAGAUUUUUAAUUAGAUGAUAUAUAAAUGAAAACUGAUUUUUAUUAAUCUUACUUUCAAAAAAAUUAAAUGUUUAUUUACAGUUAAAAAAUUUAUUUUACUUUAUAGAUUUACCUAAUUAACUAACUCUACUUCAUUUAAAGAGUCAUAUGCAUUAAAGGUAUCCAAAUUAAUACAUUCCUCAAAAUUAAUUUUUUUAAGUGAUUCAUAUUUUAUUUGUUAUCCAUCUGUUUUAGUAUAUUUGCUUAUUUAUCUAUCUUUUUUUUUAAAAAAAUAAUGCUUAUUUAAAUUUCAUUUAUUUUGAUCAUUUAAAAAAAAGAUUGAAUUAAAUUAUGUAGAAACUGUAGAAAUAGGAUAGCUGGACUAUUUGUUGUAACUGUUUCAUAUAUUGUUCCAAUGUGACCAAUUAUAAUGAAAGAGAAUUAUUUAAAAACAUAUGUAUGAGAAAAUGAAUAAACAUUUUAGCAGUUGAAGCGAUUUCUAAUUUGUAUACAUUGAUUUUGUUUUAAUAAUAUAUCCAGUUAUUUUUUAUUAUUUAUUCUCUAAACCUUUAAUAAUUGAGAAAAAGGCUUUCAUUUCAUAUAUACCAAAGCCAUUUUAUGCUCUCUAAUAUAUAUAUAUGUAUUGAUUGUAAUGGAGAGUUGUAUUCAAAAACUAGGUUUCAUAUUAUUGUUAAUAGCAAAAGUCUAGAAAUAUAGCCUAUAUGUUAGAUUAUUAUUAAUGUUAAGCUUCUUAACCUGAAUUACUUUCUUCUAUUGUUAUUUUCAUUUUUCUGUAAAUAAAUGUGUAUUGUAUCUGUAUGCUUGAAUAGGUAAAAUAAAG